CUCAAAAAUAAAUAUCCAGGCCUUUGUCAAUUGUCAUCUCCUUCCGGCCCUUAUAUGCAUCCCUACAUUGUCCUAGCAGAUCACUCAGAGUUAGAAAGGAGCUCGACUUUGUCAGACUCACAUCGCCUAGCCUCUCCAAGAGCAAUCAGCCAUGACGAUCGUGGAGAUGCAGAUGAACAUCGACUGCGACGGCUGCGAAGACAACGUGAGGAAGGCCCUUCUCAGGCUUCAAGGCGUGCACUACGUGGACGUGGACCGAGCGCGGGACAAGGUGACGGUGACCGGCACGGCGACCCAGAAGAAGGUGCUGCGCGCGGCGCGGCGCACGGGGAAGCUCGUCGUGCUGUGGCCGUCGGCGUACGACCCGGGCUACCACCACGCCUACGCUCACGCUCAGCCGGCCUACUACUCGUACCAGGCCAAGCCCGCCUCCGCCGCCCAUGCGCACCGCUACUACAACAGCGUUCCGCACGGUAGGAGCGGCUACAUGCCGGCGGCGCAGUACGGCAGCGCCAGCUCGUACAACUACCACGUCCAUGGCUACUACGACUCGGACCUCCAUGGGUACUACCACGAGCAGCAGGCGCUGUCCAACGCCGCCGUGCCUGCCGACGAGCGGAGCUACUUCAGCGACGACAACCCCAGCGCCUGCUCCAUCAUGUGAGUGCCGACCUGUGGCCUCUGCAUCGUGUACAUACGUCUCUUGUGUAUAGUUCUCUGUGUCAAGGUGCUCUGUUAAGACAUUGAAGCCUAUGUUUGGAACAAGAAAUUUAUGCAAGUUAUCCGGGUUUUUUUUAAUA